AUGCGCAUCGGCCAUCGUCCUCGUGAUGAAGAAGAACGGUACCAUUGCAUCAACUACCGGUUGGCGAACCAGCUGAUCAAGCUAAUGAACUACCCCGGACCCCUUAUCGACGAACUGAUGAGCAACUUCGCCGCCACUAUGUUGUUCAUGACUCUGGACAUGGCAAGUGGGUUCUGGGCAGUUCCAAUGACGGUCGGAGCUCAGCUGAUCUCGGCUUUCAUUUGCCCGCUCGUACACUUUAAGUGGAAACGUAUGUCAUUCGGGUUGAAGAACGCCCCAUUGACUUACCAACAACUUUUGGACAAUUGCCUUUGGAGUUUUGUCCGGCUACCCCCGGAAGAAGAACGACUCGUCGACCCGGAGGUGCUAGAGUUCUUGGGGAUUUCUCCAGAGGCCUCGGGCGCCCCGGUAUCCCAGGGCACGGAUCCCCGGGGGGGGCGGUGGUCUCCAGGACAAGCACGGACCGUGUUCCACCAGAACCGAUACAUCGAUGACAUCAUCUACGGAGCUCCGUCCUGGGAUGACCUGUGCAAAACUCUGAAUGUCCUCCUGUACCGACUGCGUGAGUUCGGGGUCAAGAAAUGCAAGUACCUCGGGCACGACAUCAGCUCGGACGGAAUCCGGACGUCCUCGAAGCUAGCGGAAAAGGUCCUCAACUUGUCGUUCCCGCAGACCCUUAGUAACAUCCUUCCUCGGGAGACUCAAUUACUGCGGCAAAUUUAUCGAGGAUCUACCCGUACUCGCAGCCACUCUCUACGAAGCAUCGGACGAGCAACUCCGUUCUGGGCAAGAUCUAGAGAGGCCAAGCAUGCUAGUGUCGACGCCAUUGCUCCAGCACCGCGGCCACAGGAGACAGUAUGUAAUAAUAUUGCAUGCCAACCCCUUGGACCAUCAGUGCGGUUUUGGGGCAGGACUACGACGGCACCAUAUUACCCGUGCGGUUCGUGGGGCGAGUUCUUCAGGACGCUGAUCCCCGCCGAAAAGGAGGCAUUAACGCUGCUCCGAGUCCUGAACACGUGCCACACAAUGAUUACCAGCUGUUCCGAAAAGAAAAUUCGCGUGUACACCCAGUACUCGGUUGUGGCAUGGCUGUUCAAGUCCAAGACGUGGGCAGUCAAUCUGUCCCCCCCCACCCCCCCCUGGGACCUUGACAUCCGGCAAGUCGAGAACGAUGAAGAUGGUUUGGCAUCGAUCCUGGGGCGGGUAUCCCCCCCCCCCCCGGGAACGCCGAGACGAGGUCGCCGAAGCCCUGGUUCCUGA